GUUGUUCGGUGACGUCAUGAUCCGGGUCCCGAAUCCUUGACUUGUGUUGGUUUCCAGGGGCAGAACUUCCCAGGCUCUGGAGAGUCAUCUCGACAUGAAGCUGCACGUCCUGCUGCUGUCCACGCUAUUGUGCUCCGGCACCACGGAGGCCAUCGAGCCCAUCAGCACCAGCAUCGCGGUGGGCAUGGCGGCGGCUUUAACGGGCUUCUUAGCCAGCUACCAGAACAUUUUCUACUACUUCAACGAGUGCUGUCGCCCCGAGUGGAUUUGCUUCAACAGAACAGGUCUGCAAGCCAGCCUGCAGACUAAACUGUUCGGACAACAUAUCGCAUCGAAUAUCAUCCUGAAGGCGGUGAGCGGCUUCAUGAACAAUGACAACCCCAAGAAGCCGCUGGUGCUCUCCCUGCACGGUUGGACCGGCACCGGCAAGAACUUUGUCAGUUCGCUCAUCGCAGAGAACAUUUACAAGGAGGGAAUGAACAGUGACUUUGUUCACAUCUUUACGUCAGAGCUACACUUUCCCCACAUCUCUCAGAUGGACACCUACAAGACUCAGCUGCAGCAGUGGAUUAAAGGCAACGUCAGCAGCUGUGCUCAGUCAAUGUUCAUCUUUGACGAGAUGGACAAAAUGCACCCGGGACUGAUUGACAGCAUCAAGCCAUACCUGGACUACUACGACAAGUUGGACGGCAUCUCCUACCGCAAAGCCAUCUUCAUCUUUCUCAGCAACGCUGGAGGAGAGAGCAUCACACAGACUGCUUUAGAGUUCUGGAACGCGGGUCGCAAACGGGAGGAGAUGGAGCUGAAAGACGUGGAGACGUCGCUCUCUAUGUCUGUGUUCAACAACAAGAGAAGCGGUCUGUGGCACACGAGUCUCAUCGACAAGAACCUGGUGGACUUCUUCGUCCCCUUCCUGCCGCUGGAGUACGAUCACGUGUUGGAGUGCGCCAUGGCCGCCAUGAAGGCGCGAGGCCUCCAGCCCGACAUCUCCGUCGCCGACAAGGUGGCGAAGGAUCUGGUCUACUUCCCCAAAUCCGAGCGCAUCUUCUCAGUGAAAGGCUGCAAGACCAUCGAGAGCAAGCUGGACUUCUACACCUAGCGGAAGGACGCCAAAGUUUUCACUUGGGAAGGAAGGAGCAUCCGCCAAACAACUGCAGGAAUGUGCAGCCAGCGAGAAACUGUCUGAACUUUUGAUGACGUCAGCAGUGUCGCUCACACGGAAUGAAGGUUGAUGUCCUCCAAGAAUAUUGGAACUUUUUUUCCCGACAUUUUUAACCAACUGUCCUUUUUAAAUAGUUUAUUUUUCAGUUACAAAUGCCUUCUUUUAUUUCUGGUCAUUUUUGUCCACUGAGGUUACCAGAAACUAAUCAAAGGAGAUGGUUGAUGCAUCUCAUGUGUUAAAAAGUGUGGUUUUCCACUGCCAAACAAUUUUAUUUAACAGAUGAACACUUUUUCUAAGAACACCUGUUAAUUCCUCUUCAUCUUGCCGCUCUCCAAUAGAUUAUACAAUUUUGCCACAGAGAAAAAUGUUGAAUGAAAUUUAGGAGUUCUUCAUUUCUGAAUCAUGAAAAUGAUUCCUACUGUUUUGUUUUAAAGUGAGUAAACAACAUCAAAUCGCUCCCCGCUAUCUGAAAAUGAACUGACAUGGUAGUGAAAAUAAAACCAUGAGCUUUUCUUCUUUCA